ACAAUACGCUCUAUUUAAGGGAAAGACUAAUCAUAAAUCAUAACUCGACUGUUUUCUGGACACACAAGUGUUGGACAGCCACAACAGUGCUGCAAAGCAUGCAAUCAUUGUGGUGGUUGGUCAAUAAAAAUUUAUCGCAUUUGUAACCAAUCACUUUCCACGAGGCAGGCUUUUUAUUAUUUACAAUUUAUAAUUUUGGAAAUAGAGCGAAAAUGGUGUCGCAAGAACAAAUUAAAGCCAUUGGUGGCGUACUCAACAACAAGGAGCGUCCGCUGAAGGAGCGAUUUCGAGCGCUGUUCACGUUGAAGAACAUUGGAGGUGCCACAGCAAUUGGGGAAAUAAGUCAAGGAUUUAAAGAUGAAUCCGCUUUGCUGAAACACGAAUUGGCUUAUUGUUUGGGCCAAAUGCAGGACAAACUGGCCAUUGGCAUACUGACCCAUGUGCUCGAGGAUACCAGCGAGGAGCCUAUGGUGCGUCAUGAGGCAGCCGAAGCGCUCGGCGCAAUUGGAGAUGCAGAAAUUCUGCCGCUUCUCGAGAAAUACAAAAAUGAUUCGGUUGUGGAGGUGGCAGAAACUUGUCUGAUUGCCUUGGAGCGCAUUCGCUGGCUGCAAAGUGGUCAGCAGGUGCAGGAUACUAAUCCAUAUGCCUCUGUGGAUCCCUCACCGCCAGCAGCAGGCGAACAAAAUGUGCAGCAAUUGAAGGAAAUUUAUUUGAAUGCGGAGCAGAAUCUUUUUAAUCGCUAUCGGGCAAUGUUUAGUUUAAGAAAUCUGCGCACGGAGGAAAGUGUCUUGGCCAUCGCCGAAGGAUUAAAGGAUAAAUCGGCUCUCUUUCGUCAUGAAGUGGCCUUUGUUUUGGGUCAAUUGCAGCAGCCUUGCAGCAUUAAAUAUUUACAGGCUAAUCUGGAGGAUCGAGAGGAGAAUGAAAUGGUUCGACAUGAAUGCGCCGAGGCAUUGGGCGCCAUUGCCACCGAUCAAUGCAUCCAAAUCCUCAAGGAUUAUGCUCAGGACGAGCGGAGGGUGGUGAAGGAGAGCUGCAUCAUCGCGCUGGAUAUGUGCGAAUAUGAGAACAGUCCGGAGUUUCAAUAUGCCGAUGGUCUCACCAAUCUCGAUGGCAAAAAGUGAUUCUAAUUUUAAAUAUAAAAUGUUAUUUUUCUUUUUCAAAUUUGUAUAUAUUAUAUAUUUGUAUCCAUAUUGUAUUAUUAUCUAAUUGGCGGUGUAAUAAAGUGUAUUACAGCAUGUGA